ACCAUUGCUCAUAGCUUAGAUUAAAAGUCACUGCUGAGUCCGUUUGAUCCUCCAAAGCAAUACCACAGGACAUAUUGUUUUGUCUACACAGGCGCCUCCGUGUGGUCACUGCAGGAGCUGUUAUUCGCGUGGAGGGCACAUAUUUUGAGGCAAGAGCCCAGAUGAAAUUAUGUGAGAAGCAGAGAACGCUCCGGCGCGCUUUGUCUGUUUUCUUGGGCUCACUUGGUUGAGUUUUACGGCGGAUGCACGCGCUCACCACAGCAUCACACCAGUCUGGUUCCGAGUGCGUGUGUGCGCGUUCUCAAGUGUGUUUAGUCUGUCUAUUAGAGUGACCCCCCAGCGAGCUGUUAAAGGAAGAGCAGAGAGCUGAGUCAACGAAUCGCGAGGAGAAGGAUGCAACAGUUGCACCGUGCACUCCACGCGCGUCCUGUGCACUCCGUGGGGCAGAAGAUGGUGGAUUUGCAUCGGACAAUAUAAGGAGCGCCGAUUUUUAUGUGACAAAGUUUGAGUUGAUAAGGUGGUGAGUAGUCGGAGGUUGUGCGUCUCGCUCAAAUGGACAGGCACAGACGUGAGUUGAGUGGACACGCUGUGCUUCUGCGGCUAUGGGGAUGAAGAAGGACUUUGGUUUGGUGUGCAGCGGCGAGUAGCGGCGCAGUCUGUGCAGCCAACAUGCAUCGGAUCGUGCAGAGAAGACGGGUGCGCAAGCUGCGCCUCGUCUGGGCUUCUCUGGCGCUCGUGGCACUGUCCUUGGCCGCGUGCAGCGCGCUCUUCACGGCGUGGACCUGGCGUCAGACCCGAGACCUCUCUCAGUCGUUUAAAGUCCUGCAGGAUCGGUUGGAGCAGGUUAAUACACAGAGGAAGGCCAUCGUUCAACUCAUUUUGGAGAAGAGAGAGCUGCUGGUCGGCCAGAGAGUCAAGAGAGACGGGGGAAUGCAGCGCGGGAGGAGUGGGAAUGGAAAAAAAGCUGCGUCUCAUUUUGAAAUAACCAAAGUGUCCUCUCAGCAAGUGGGAGAUGGUGGAGUCAUUAAAGGCUGGGAGGAAAGGACACUGAAUAUGACCAAAGCAGUGAGGUACAACAAGGACUUAGGCACCUUCACUGUGGAGAAAGCAGGCGUCUACUUCCUGUUCUGCCAGGUGCUGUUUAACGAGCAGGAGUCUCAGUAUGUGAAGCUGGAUGUGGUGACAGUGGGUCACAGGCCUCAGAAGCUGCAGUGCAUGGAGGGCUAUGGGACCACCCCUUCAGCCGGCCCACAUAAUUUCCACUUCCUGAAGCCGUGCCAGGUGUCCGGGCUGCUGCGACUGGACAGGGGCACGGAGCUGCAAGCCAUCACGGGACCCUCCUUCAGACUGCACACAGUGGGCAACCCCUCCGCCUCUCCGCAUGUCUUCAGCAUCUUCAAAGUCAACUGACACUAGAGUUCACUGAAGGAAAAAAAGUUGUGGGGAAACUUCUAUUGUACAGCAGUGCCUUUUUUGUGGUCACAAAUUUUUGGGCCGUCGCAAAAUGCUGAUGUUAAUUUAAAAGGCAAGCCUGCCAUUUGUGGAAGUUGUUCUGGACAGUUUCUGGACUGCGCACUGCUGCUUUGGAACUCAAUAUAGACUUUGGACAGGUACCAAGGCACAAUGGACCAAAUGCCUGGAUGAAUGUCUGAGGGAACAGAUGUGAUGGAAACUAUUCUCUAGAUAAGGCUUCAUAUGAAGGCAGAACUACAUGGAUUUUCAACUUAGUCUUAGUAUUGUGGUCCAUAUUGUACUUACAUUCUUUUCAUGACAGAGAGUUCAGACAGUAAAGCUGUGCAUGCACCUUCCACUUUGAUUUUGUUGAGAUAGUGCGCUCAUGACACAUCUCAGUCCAGACCCCUCUUUCUACUUUUGUGUUUGUUUUUUUUUACCAAAUAGUUGGCACUCCUACAAUGCAAUAUGUGUGUGUUUGUGUCCAAUGCCUCUCUUUUAUCUGAAUCAUAUUUAAAGAUACUCAAGAGCUGCUUUUAUAACAUGGA